AUGUCAUCCGCCGUCAUUACAUCGUUGCCCGGCCAACAACCGCUGGCUGCCGGGGAGAUUCAACAACCAAGUGUUCCACAGGCUGUUUCAGCUAGUAGCAGUGCACGGCAUUCUUCAGAGUCUAUUGGCCCAUUUUUUGGAGUUAUUUCUGUUCUUGCAGUUCUUGCUAUUCUUUCUUGCGUUUUGGGUCGAAUAUGUAGCCGUCGAGCAGUGGCUCCUCCUCCGGCCAACGUCAAAUUUAGAGGGUAUUUGGGGUGGAUGAAGCGGCGGAUCCGGUGGCGUAGGGGUGGAGAUGUUGAGGUUGGAGCUAAUAAGGUGAUGGCUGUUGGCGGUGAUCAUCAAGAAAAACAAGCAGAACAUGUUGAGGUUGAUCAGCAAUUACCCCCAACAGCUUGA